AUGGAAUCCCCACAAUUUCAAGCCUCGCCCCAACACCCGCAGGCCAGCAGCCUGGUGAUCGUCGAGCACCGCCACGGCGCGCUGGGCGGCGCGACCCUCAACACCAUCACGGCCGCGGCGCAGCUCGGCGGCCCCGUCUCCGCGCUCGUCGGCGGCGAGGGCGUCGGCGGCGUCGCCGAGAGCGUCGCGCGCGUGGAGGGCGUCGAGAAGGUCCUCGUCGCCGACUCUCCUGCCCUCGCCCACCAACUCGCGGAGCCCUACUCAGAACUCCUUGCCGCCCUCCUCCGCGGCGCGGCCCCCGCCUUCACCCACGUCCUCGCGCCGGCCGGCACCUUUGGCAAAAACCUGCUGCCGCGGGCCGCCGCGCUGCUGGGCGUGCAGCCGGCCGCGGAUGUGGUGGGCCUGCGCGACGCGGACACCUUUGUGCGGCCCAUCUACGCGGGCAAUGCGCUGGCGACGAUCAGGUUCCUGGCGCCGGGGCUGCGCAUGCUGACAGCGCGCCCCACGAGCUUCAAGGCGGCGGCAGUCCGGCCGGACGCGGCCGCGCCGAUCGAGGCAGUCCCCGCGGGCGCCCUCGCGGCGCUGCAGGGCGCGCCGGCGGCGCCGAUCUGGGAGGGCGAGGCCGGGCGGGAGGCGGGCGGACGGCCUGACCUGGGGAGCGCAAAGGUCAUCGUCGCAGGCGGGCGCGCCCUCAAAUCCAAGGAGAACUUCGCCCUGCUGGAGCGCCUGGCAGACAUGCUGGGCGGCGCGGUGGCGGCGUCGCGGGCGGCGGUGGACGCGGGGUACGUGGCCAACGACCUGCAGGUCGGCCAGACGGGCAAGGUGGUAGCGCCUGACCUGUACUUGGCCCUCGGCAUCAGCGGCGCCAUCCAGCACGUCGCGGGCAUCAAGGACUCCAAGACGAUUGUGGCCAUCAACACGGACGCAGAGGCCCCCAUAUUCCAG